AUGCCGCUGAACGACAGCCAUUUAGUUUCUGCGGGUCAUAACUCCGAUGCCAACCUCUUAGACAUUUCGGGUUCAACUCCACGUUUGCCUUUACCAACGAUGUCAGAGGAUAACAUCGAGGCGUAUUUUUAUUCAUUAGACUUUUGGUUCGAUGCAUCUUCCGUAACUAGCGAUACACGGAAGUUCAAUAUCGUUCUUGCUAGUGUUUCACCAACUAAGUUAAUGGAACUCAGACCAACUAUAGAGGCCGCACCGAUAAGCGGCAAAUACAAUUAUAUACAGCAGAAACUGAUAGAGCAUUUUUCGGACAGUCAGCAGCGCCGGCUACAACGAGUGUUAAAAGACAUGAAGCUGGGCGACCGCCGUCCUAGUGAACUUUUCAAUGACAUGAAACGCGCAGCCGGAACAACACUUAGUGAUAGCAUUUUACAUGACUUGUGGGUCAGUAGGCUACCACCAUACGUACAGGCGGCAAUUAUUGCUACGAACGUUGCCAUCGUUGAGAAAUUAAAAAUUGCUGAUUCUAUUACUGAAACCAUUGGAAUGCGCGACAGUCAAGUGCAUGAAGUUUCGGCAGUUAGUGAGGUUUCAGAUCUAAAGCUCGAAAUAGCUGAGCUAACUAAGCAAGUGCACAAACUUUUAAAUGAUAAAGAGCGUCGUGUUCAUUCGCGUUCCCGAUCAAGGUGGCGUGGAGGUCGCCCCUUCAUGGCGAAAUCGAACAGUAACUUGUGUUGGUACCACGUGAAAUUCGGCGAAAAGGCGACUAAGUGUCGAGAGCCCUGCAGUUUUUCAUCAUCAAAGAAAUCCACUUAG